AUGUCCUGGAAGAGCGGCGAGCCCUUCGGCAGGCCACGGCAGCACAUGAUCAUGUCGGUGGUGAACGUCUUUACGUCCAUGCAGCAGCCGCUCCUGAAGGAGGACUACACGCACCUCUUCAAGGGCACAGACCAUGAGGCGGAGCUGACCAAAGCCUGGAAGAACUUCCAAGGCUACCUCCAGGAGGCGGGGAACGCGUGCCGGAAGCGUGAGAACGAAGCCUCAAAUGGUUUCAGUGUUUCUCCUUGUAGUCUUAUUAUACGCCAGGAGAAAAAAAGGGAACCCCAAAAAAGGGAACCCAAUCAAAACCUGGGUAGAUGA